AUGGUGCUUUUCUGGAGACAGAUGAGUCUUAGUUACAUUCAGUACUCUCAAAUCGGUGCACAAGCUGACAGAACUGCUUUAAAACUCCAAUUCCAAGCAGAGGCCAAAAAAGCAGCAGAUAUAAAAGUCAAAGCCAACAAGCCAAACAAAAAAAAAGAGUAA